CGGCCCGGACCAAUCAGGCUUGAGCGCGCGGGAGAGACCCCCCCCACCCCCUUCCACCCUAGGACUCCACGGACCCCGCUCGAACCCCCCAGGAACCGAAAGAACUGUCGGAUACCGGGAGGGCCAGCACAGCGGACAGCCAUGAGCGGGCGCCUGAGCGAGGGGGCCAUUGGGCUCAUAAUGCAACAAGGAGAUACUACUAUAAAACCCAUACUCCAAGUCAUUAACAUCCGGCCGAUUGCUACAGGAAAUUCUCCACCCCGUUAUCGAAUGCUCAUGAGUGAUGGAUUGAAUACUGUAUCCUCUUUCAUGUUGGCAACACAGCUGAAUGUACUGGUGGAGGAAGAGCGUUUGUCAAGCAACUGCAUUUGCCAGGUUAACCGGUACAUUGUUAAUACCCUGAAAUUUGGAAGGAAGGUGGUUAUAUUGAUGGAUUUAGAAGUUUUGCAAUCUGCUGAUGAAGUUGGAGGAAAGAUUGGCAAUCCAGUGCCCUAUAAUGAAGGACAAGGGCAGCAGCAAGCAGCCCCAGCCCCAGGGCCAGCCGCUAAUCCAGUAGCCACUAAGCCCCAGCAACAGAAUGGGAGUUCAGGACUGGGUUCUACGGCCACUAAGAGCUAUGGUGUUUCAAAGACAUUUGGUAAAGUUGGAAGCACUAAUCUAAGCACCCCCGGAGGAUCCCAGUUGAAAGUUGUUCCCAUUGCCAGCCUCAAUCCGUACCAGUCCAAGUGGACAAUUUGUGCUCGUGUUACUAAUAAAAGUCAGAUCCGAACCUGGAGCAACUCCCGAGGGGAAGGAAAGCUUUUCUCUAUUGAAAUGGUUGAUGAAAGUGGUGAGAUCAGAGCGACUGCUUUCAAUGAUCAAGUAGACAAGUUCUUUCCCCUCAUCGAUGUGAAUAAGGUGUAUUACUUCUCCAAAGGCACCCUGAAGAUUGCUAAUAAGCAGUUCACAGCUGUUAAGAAUGACUAUGAAAUGACCUUCAAUAAUGAGACCUCUGUUGUGCUUUGUGAGGAUGCCCAUCACUUACCUACAGUUCAGUUUGACUUCACAGUGAUUGGUGACCUAGAGAAUAAGGCUAAAGACUCACUUGUAGACAUAAUUGGGGUCUGUAAAAGCUACGAAGAUGCCAGCAAGGUGGUUGUGAAGUCAUCCAACAGAGAAGUUUCCAAGAGGAACAUCCACCUGAUGGACACGUCGGGGAAGGUGGUGACAACCACUCUGUGGGGAGAAGAGGCUGACAGAUUCGAUGGUUCGCGACAGCCCGUGCUGGCCAUCAAGGGAGCCCGGGUCUCUGACUUUGGUGGACGGAGCCUCUCUGUGCUGUCUUCAAGCACCAUGCUUGUGAAUCCUGACAUUCCAGAGGCUUUUAAGCUACGUGGAUGGUUUGACUCGGAAGGACAGGCCUUAGAAGCUGUUUCGAUCUCUGAUGCCAGAGGUGGAGGAACUGGAGGGAGUAAUGCCAAUUGGAAAACUUUGUAUGACGUUAAAUCUGAGAAUCUGGGGCAAGGUGACAAGGCGGAUUACUUUAGUUGUGUGGCAACAGUGGUGUACCUUCGCAAGGAGAAUUGUAUGUACCAGGCUUGUCCCUCUCAAGAUUGCAAUAAGAAAGUGAUAGACCAGCAGAAUGGACUCUAUCGAUGUGAGAAGUGUGACCGUGAAUUUCCCAGCUUCAAGUACCGGAUGAUCUUGUCGGUCAAUAUUGCGGAUUUCCAGGAGAAUCAGUGGGUGACUUGUUUCCAGGAAUCUGCAGAAGCUAUCCUUGGGCAGAACACUGCUUAUCUUGGGGAAUUAAAAGACAAGAACGAGCAGGCCUUUGAGGAAGUCUUCCAGAACGCCAACUUUCGUUCCUACACAUUCAGGAUUAGAGUCAAACUGGAGACUUACAAUGAUGAAUCUCGCAUCAAGGCCUCCGUCGUGGACGUGAAGCCUGUGGACUAUAGAGAAUAUGGCAAGAGGCUCAUCAUGAACAUCAGGAAGAACGCGGCGGCUCGGCAAAUGUGAGAAGAAUGUUGCCGAUUGGGUAGAAGUUUGACACUCCCCAGAAUGACCCCAGAGCUGAUGUGAAGUUGAUCUCUUCCCACCCCUGUGUGACAAUUAAGCUUUAGCUGCACGGGGCAGAGCUGCCCUUUAUGGUGGACUAAGCAAUUUUCUUUGUCGAGUGAGCCCGGGAACCCCUUGGUAGGUAAAGAGGCGUGUGCUCAGAUCUUGUGACCCCUAAUCCAUGUCAGACUUCAGGGGCCAGUCUCGCUCAGUGUUGUACCAGUUGUCACUGCCAUUAGCUCCAGGCAUUUGUCGAUUUUAUUAAGAUGUCAUUAUCUUUAGGCUGGAGUCCUGUUCAAAGUAAUUAGCCCUAAAUCUGAAGCCGGAAGAAUAAAUGGUAUACCCGAGGUUUCAUUGCUCCAGUUGGUGACACUUUGGGAACUUUCUGGGAAAGGAAUCGGGAAGGCAGUGCUAGAGAGCAGCCUGAGAAAGACCUGAGUGUGCUCAUGAGUGUUUACUCCUAGAAUUCAAAGGCUUCCUCCUCCUGGAGGGGCCACGUCGCUGUUAAUGCCUGGAAUGGCAAGACGGCAGAAUUAUUAAUCAAAGCCGUAUCUCUUAUAUCUGAAGAAUAUCCUUCCUUCAGGGUUUAAUAGACUGAGUCAGAUGGGCCUGAUAUUAAUCAAAAUUGUCUCUUCUGAGGAAGGCUGAUAAGCAUUGACUCACUGUCCCCUAGGGAAAUCUAGGCGACUACAAAGCGUUGCUUGAGUUUUCACUUCAAUUAACAUCACGUUUUGAAUUGAUGAUUGUACACGUUUCCUACCUGUAUAUAUUUCUUGCAUUUGUAUGUUUCACUUCUUCAAUUUUGGUUGAAGCUGUGUUUAAAUAAGGAGAGAAUUAUAAAGAAGGGGGAGGGGGAACCCUCUGUUUCUAUUGCUUUGUUUCAAUAAAUAGUAUAUUUAGA